UAACCACCCACACUACCGGCACCUUCAUUUCAAUUCAAUAUGAAAUGUUGUUGGACAGCAGCCUGGCAGUGCUUGCAUAAGAAAAAUGUGCAAAAGUUAAGGCGAUGUUGGUUUAACUGUUCAUUUGGCAAGAAAUAAGGAGAUCUAGCAUGCAAAAAAAAAAAAAGAAAAAAAGAAAAAAUCUCUCUUUUUUGGACUCUGGAUUACUACUUCAACACUGUUAAAAUUACAUUCGGAGAAAAACUGUUUAGCCGGGUUUUUUUGAUUCGACAAUGUAAAAGGUCCCAUCAUGCCAGCUUCUGUUCUUUUCAUCACUAUCACACCCUUUACUCUCUCUCUCUAGCCACUUUGCUACAACGCCUAUGAGUGACUUCAACCAUUCACUUUGAUUCCUUGAAAACAGUAAAUCCGUUGGCUUUGUAUUUUUUUUUUUUUGCCUUGUUUCUUUUCGGCUGAAUUCUUGGAUCGGAGCAGCUGUCUGAUCGGAGAACUGGGUUAAUGGCAGACCAACUAUCAAAGACAACCUCAAUUUUUGGUUUACGUUUAUGGGUAGUUCUUGGAGUCUGUGUAGGAGCAGCUUUUGUUCUCCUCCUUUUCCUCAUUUCUCUUUGGCUUGCUUCAAAACGAACUAGACAGAAAUCUUCUUCAAAACAAAGUGUCCCAGAUGUUUCCAAAGAGAUCCAGGAGAUCAAAAUCGACCCUCCAAAACCUCACAGGACUCAGAUUCAGGCUGACCCUUAUCCUGACCCUGACCCAAGUACAGGCAUUGAAAGACAGUCCCUGCUUCUGCCUCCGGAAGAGGAGAGUCCAACUGGUUAUCAUGGAAUUCACAUUGAGAUUGGGAAAGAUCAUAGAAUUUCAUAUCCAGGGUUGUCUCCACAUACAAGUGGUGAGGCACGUGGUGAUUACGUAGCAGGAGUGGUGCCUGAAGUUUCACAUUUGGGAUGGGGGCAUUGGUAUACUUUGAGGGAGCUUGAGGUUUCAACAAAUGGAUUUGCACAUGAAAAAAUAAUAGGUGAGGGUGGGUAUGGGAUUGUUUACCAUGGUGUUUUGGAGGAUAACACUCAGGUUGCUGUUAAGAACUUGCUCAACAACAGGGGACAAGCUGAGAAGGAGUUUAAAGUUGAAGUAGAGGCAAUUGGACGUGUUAGGCAUAAAAAUUUAGUAAGGUUGCUGGGUUACUGUGCUGAAGGAGCUCACAGGAUGCUGGUAUAUGAGUACGUAAAUAAUGGAAAUUUAGAGCAGUGGCUUCAUGGGGAUGUAGGGCCUUGCAGUCCUCUUACUUGGGAUAUUAGGAUGAAUAUAAUCCUGGGAACAGCAAAAGGGUUAACUUACCUUCAUGAGGGACUUGAGCCUAAAGUUGUUCACCGUGAUAUUAAAUCAAGCAACAUCCUACUUGAUAAACAGUGGAACCCCAAGGUUUCAGACUUUGGCCUUGCCAAGCUCCUGGGCUCUGAGAGCAGCUACGUUACAACCCGAGUCAUGGGAACAUUUGGCUAUGUAGCUCCUGAAUAUGCUAGCACAGGCAUGUUGAAUGAAAGAAGUGAUGUGUAUAGUUUUGGGAUUCUUGUUAUGGAAAUUAUUUCUGGGAGGAAUCCAGUUGAUUAUAGCCGGCCUCCAGAAGAGGUGAACUUAAUUGAGUGGCUUAAGAAGAUGGUUGCUAACAGGAAUCCAGAGGGAGUAUUGGAUCCUAAGCUACCUGAGAAGCCUACUUCAAGAGCAUUGAAGCGAGCUCUACUUGUAGCUUUACGUUGUGUGGACCCAAAUGCACAAAAGCGACCUAAACUGGGGCAUGUUUUGCAUAUGCUUGAAGCUGAAGAAUCCCCCUUCAAAGAUGAUUGCAGAGCUGGAGGGGAUGCAGGACAGGCCAAUCAUAACAAUCUGAAGGAUGAGUUGAUAGAGAAAAGGAUGGCAGAGUCAGGUGGCUAUGAAGGUGCAGUACAUACUAAUGAUGCAUAAUGGUGAGUUAGUGACGUCACGAUGUGAAGAACAAAAGCCCUGAAUAUAUGCUGAAAUUGUUUGAGGUGCAUUAUACAUUCUAAGUUCCUUGUUCUACAUUUUGCAGUGCCAAUUACAUGAUCCAUUUCUUUUUUUGGCUAUUUGUUCCUCUAUGUUUGUUGCCUUGUUGGUGGCAUCUAUUCUUCAUUGCAGAUGUAAUAUACCUUCCAAAAGAAGGUCCAAAUCAAAUUAUUUUGAUCAAUUUGUUUUCUAGGAGAGGCAUUGAACGUUAAGUUUUGUCAUGUGAUUCAGAAUCAAAUUGUUGCUCACAAAUUCAUUUUCAACGAAACAAAUUAAAUUCUGGAUGAUUAUUAUCAGCAACCGUCUGCCAAAUCAUUACUGCAGUUUGUGAGCACAUUUGAUGAGCAAGACUUGAGCACCAGAGACAUUUGAGUCCAUUUAUGACGCUUGACUUUUGAAAUUGUUAGUCCAAGCUUCAUGAAGACAUGAACAGAGAGGUUAUGUUCUGACCUAAGAAAAUAUCUCCUUCAUUUACGGUUAGCUGCACCAAUUCGCAUUAUCUAUACUGCCAAUAUGAAGCUUCCUCGCCUCUCCCUUUUCUGGUAAACUUUUAUGUGACAAUUUUGUGCCAUAUAAUGGUGGGACAAGACUUUAUGAUGCAUUAUCUGUGCUUCCAAGAUGCAUCAGAAACUUUACUGUAGGAAAAAUUACAUGGUAGGGACAAAUGGUACUUGUUAGACAGUCCACAUGCUUACAAGCCUACAAUUCUUCUCAAUUGGGGCACAUACACAUGAUCUUCCAUCAAAAUUCAACCGUAUGUAGGAACCCCAUGUUUUCCCUGGAAUAGGUAAGAAUUGAAUCGUCAAAGAAACUUGUGACAUUUUCUUUUUUCAACAUUUCCUCUUCCAGCUGGA